AAAGAGAGUUUUGUGCGUUAGGGCAGGGCAGCCGCUCAGGUGGUGUGAGCUGCUCUACUGCUUCUCCCUGCGCUCACUCAGCCGUGACGGCGGAAGGCGGCAGCCGCAACACCUCAGUGACACCGAGCUGCGCGAACUGAACGACGCUUUCCUGACAAUCACCUUUUUAAACCUAGCUAUGACACGAGGAGAAUUAUGCAGCAUUUCAAAGGCAACGGCGUUUUCCAUCGCUGUGCUUACUUCUCACAUCAAUUUCAUCUUGAAAUCAUCCCCUGCAUUUAGCUGAAUCGCUGGUUGUAACCGAGAGCUAGCUCAGGUCUCUUUUCGCCUGGGUAGCACAAGGGGCUUUUACCGAGCAAAGCUCCAGCGUUACAUUUUAGACUGUUUUUGUUGUCGGUGUAAGGAAAAUCAUCCAGUAGACAUGGGAAUCAUUUUUACAAAGUUAUGGAGGCUGUUCAACCACCAAGAGCAUAAAGUCAUAAUUGUUGGACUGGACAAUGCAGGCAAGACAACAAUUCUUUAUCAAUUUUCUAUGAAUGAAGUAGUUCACACCUCACCCACGAUAGGCAGCAAUGUAGAGGAGAUUGUUGUGAACAACACUCAUUUCCUCAUGUGGGAUAUAGGAGGCCAGGAAUCUCUGCGUUCCUCAUGGAAUACUUACUACACUAACACAGAGUUUGUGAUAGUUGUGGUGGACAGCACAGACAGAGAGAGGAUCUCUGUGACCAGAGAAGAGCUCUACAGAAUGCUAGCUCAUGAGGACCUUAAAAAGGCUGGUUUGUUGGUGUUUGCCAACAAGCAGGAUGUAAAAGGUUGUAUGACUGUAGCUGAAAUCUCACAGAGCCUACAGCUUACUUCUGUUAAGGACCACCAGUGGCACAUCCAGGCCUGCUGUGCUCUUACAGGGGAAGGACUGUGUCAGGGACUUGAGUGGAUGAUGUCACGACUGCGAGUGAGAUGACUCCUGACCGUAGCAAACGGUGCACACUCUUUCCCCUCCAAGCAUGGAGGCCAACUGUCGCUCACUGUGAAGGUGGCGUGGAGAUGUCACCUGGACUUGUGUGAUUAAUUUAUUACAGCUCACGGAGAACUGUGAACAAAAAUCUUCAACUAACUAUUCAAAAGGUUUAGGAAGAGCAAAACCACAUAAUAUCAGUGUUUUUCUGCCCAGUUGCUCUCUAAAGAGUCUAACAGGAAAGAUGCAGAGAAGCAUAUGGACUGAGCGCAUGUGUAAAUGAGUGAGGCUCUGCAUGGAGUGACUUUGCAGUAUUGUCUGACUGCCUUACAUAGUAUUGCUCUGUGUGUUCAGUCCAGUAUUUACAUUGACCUUGAGCCUUUUCCUGAACCACUCAGAGACCAGGACAUCAAAAUCAAGACUAAAACACCAUGCAGUGGAAGACUUCAGUUUAUGUAAGGAAAAAAAUAAAUAAAGUGUUUUUACUCAUGGAA